GGCGGCGGCGGCGGCGGCGGCGGCGGAGGAUGGCGCGCGCGGGGCCCGCACGUGGAGGCCGGCGCGGGGGCGCGGGCAGGGCCGGCUGCUGAGACGCGCUGCUGCCCCCCGCGCGGGCGCCGCGGCUUCAAUGGCGCCAUCGCCCAGGACCGGCAGCCGGCAAGAUGCGACCGCCCUGCCCAGCAUGUCCUCAACUUUCUGGGCGUUCAUGAUCCUGGCCAGCCUGCUCAUCGCCUACUGCAGUCAGCUGGCCGCCGGCACCUGUGAGAUUGUGACCUUGGACCGGGACAGCAGCCAGCCUCGGAGGACGAUCGCCCGGCAGACCGCCCGCUGUGCGUGUAGAAAGGGGCAGAUCGCCGGCACCACGAGAGCCCGGCCCGCCUGUGUGGACGCAAGAAUCAUCAAGACCAAGCAGUGGUGUGACAUGCUUCCGUGUCUGGAGGGGGAAGGCUGCGACUUGUUAAUCAACCGGUCAGGCUGGACGUGCACGCAGCCCGGCGGGAGGAUAAAGACCACCACGCAGCAACCAACCACAGCCGCUCCAGCCCUUCUCGUGGACCUGGCCUUGGGGUGCAGGAAGCGUUGGGGCCUUGGUUGUGACCUGGCUCUGCACCUUCAGGGAGCAGCCCCAGGAAAGAAGCCAAAGGCUUCCUGAACAUGGCUGGGAUUCGGUCUCCUGACAAACACAGCCCCUGAGGGGCCCCGGGAGUGGCCUUGGCUCCCUGGAGAGCCCACGCCUCAGCCACAGUUCUCCACUCGCCUUGGACUUCACCCAUUCUCUGCCGCCCGCCCACUCCGUUUCCCUGUGGUCCGUGAAGGACGGCCUCAGGCCUCGGCAUCCUGAGCUUCGGUCUGUCCAGCCGACCCGAGGAGGCCGGACUUGGACACACAGGCGGGGGGCGGCACCUGGCAUCAGCAAUACGCAGUCUGUGGGAGCCCGGCCGCGCCCAGCCCCCGCCGACCGUGGCGUUGGCCCUGCUGUCCUCAGAGGAGGAGGAGGAGGAGGCAGCUCCGGCAGCCACAGAAGGCUGCAGCCCAGCCCGCCUGAGACACGACGCCUGCCCCAGGGGACUGUCAGGCACAGAAGCGGCCUCCUCCCGUGCCCCAGACUGUCUGAAUUGCUUUUAUUUUCUUAUACUUUCAGUAUACUCCAUAGACCAAAGAGCAAAAUCUAUCUGAACGUGGACGCACCCUCACUGUCAGGGUCCCUGGGGUCGCUUGUGCGUGCGGGAGGGCAAUGGUGGCAGAGACAUGCUGGUGGCCCCGGCGGAGCGGAGAGGGCGGCCGUGGUGGAGGCCUCCACCCCAGGAGCACCCCGCGCACCCUCGGAGGACGGGCUUCGGCUGCGCGGAGGCCGUGGCACCCCUGUGGGAGGCAGCCAGGGCGCGGCCGGCGAUGGCCCCCACGCAGACGCCGGGAACGCAGGCCGCUUUAUUCCUCUGUACUUAGAUCAACUUGACCGUACUAAAAUCACUUUCUGUUUUAACCAGUUAAACAUGCCUCUUCUACAGCUCCAUUUUUGAUAGUUGGAUAAUCCAGUAUCUGCCAAGAGCAUGUUGGGUCUCCCGUGACUGCUGCCUCAUCGAUACCCCAUUUAGCUCCAGAAAGCAAAGAAAACUCGAGUAACACUUGUUUGAAAGAGAUCAUUAAAUGUAUUUUGCAAAGCCUAAAGUUAUAUAUUUAACAGUUUUUAUAUGUUGUAUAUUUGUAGAAAAUCCUAUUUAACAAUUAACGUGGCAGUCCCGGCCGUCCUGAGAGUCGGGCCGAGCCCCGUGUGUUUCUGAAGACUCUGGGGGUGGGACACGGCGGGCAGGUGGUGCCCCGCGGACCCCGGGGUGCCAGGCAUGGAAGGCGGGACUCUGGGAGAAGCGUGCGGAGGACCGUGGUGUCGGUGUCCCAGAUGUAUCGGUCGUGCCCGGGGAGGCCGGGUUCCCUUCGCUGCGGGCCAGGCUUGGCGGCUCCUGAUUCCCCCUCUGGUCUCUGUAUUGGUCAACACUUGAGUGUACAAUAUUUUGAACAUGCUUCUUCCAAUGGGUUUUGUUUUCCGUUUCCUGCCCCUUUCGCCACUCACGGACCUUGAGGCCAGUUGGCGGCCCUUCUCCCCACGUCUGUGUCCCCGCGUUCUGAGAAGUCCUCUGUCUUCGUGUCAGUAGGUCCAGAAAGUCACGCCGGGCAGAGGCGCAGGCGGGGCCGGCAGGGCCGAGGAAUAAGACAAUUCUGGUUUUUCUGCCCUGGCCGUCGUUCGCCAGCCUCCUUCAUUUUCCUGAGUUCCCGCUGAAGUAUAUACUACCUAUGAGUCCAAUUAACAUGAGUAUUAUGCUAGUUCUAUCCUACUAAAAAAAACGUAAAAAAAUAACUAUAUAGAAGCUGUUCCAGCAACCAUAGACUAAAGAUACGAAAGAAAAUCCAUGUAUUUAAGACCUGUUCCAGUAUCCAUGAGGACUUAAUUUACCUUUCAGUCACCACAAAUUUAUAGGCAUUUGUAUCCUGGACUAAAAGAAGGGGCUGAGGUUGGAUUUGUCAUCACAGAGGGGGUGGGCCUGGAAAGGGUCCUUCCCAAGCUGCCCCGGCUCCGGCGGCCCGGGCCCGCAGCCUCUGCCAGCCAGUGUCCUCACGGCCUCCCCCUCGCCUGUUUCUUUUGAAAGCAAGUGUAGACACCUUCGAGGGCAGAGAUCGGGAGAUUUAAGAUGUUACAGCAUAUUUUUUUUUCUUGUUUUACAGUAUUCAAUUUUGUGUUGAUUCAGCUAAAUUAUGAAAAAUAAAGAAAAACUCCUUUGAUAA